AUCGUUCUUUUCGGUAGACGGCCAUUAGAGAAGAAAGAUGGCCAAGCUACGUAAUAGCGUAAUACCUAAUGGCCAUUUCCACAAGGAUUGGGAGAGAUGGGUGAAAACAUGGUUCAACCAGCCAAUGAGAAAAGUUCGUCGUCGUAAGAAUCGUAUCAAAAAAGCAAGAAAAAUAGCCCCACGUCCUGUGGGUGGUCCAGUUAGGCCAAUGGUCAGGUGUCCUACAGCCAAAUACAACACCAAAACCAGGAGUGGACGUGGUUUCUCAUUGGAGGAAUUGAAGGCUGCUGGAAUCUACAAGAAGUUUGCGCCAACAAUUGGUAUUGCAGUUGACCACAGGAGGCGAAAUAAAUCAGCCGAAUCUCUUCAAGCUAAUGUACAGAGGUUAAAGGAAUACCGUACUAAGUUGAUUCUCUUCCCUAAGAAAGCAUCCAAACCUAGCAAGGGUGAUAGCACUGAGGAAGAGUUGAAGAUGGCCAAACAGCUUUCUGGUCCAGUUAUGCCAAUAACACGUGUAUACAAGAAAGAUAAAGCACGAGCAAUUACAGAUGAAGAAAAGAAACACAGCGUGUUCCAAGCUAUGUGUGUGGCACGUUCUCACGCCAGGUUGUUUGGUAUCAGGGCAAAGAGAGCCAAGGAGGCAGCAGAGGAAGCAGCAAUGGUGAAAAAGAAGUAAUCAUAUUGUAAAGUUAUAUAAAAUAAAAAAAAAUCUGCUGUUUUCAGGGA